GGACUAAGCGCUUGGGGAGUAUCUCCCCAGGCGCCCGAGCCCGGUUUAUCUUAUCCCGCCUUCUGCGGACUGGACCGGCCUCCUCAGAAAGCGCAGGAGGCCCAAGAAGGAGGAGGAGGACAGCAGGAGGAACAGAGAGAGGGUAGAAUGGAAGAAUCCCACUUUAAUUCUUCCCCGUACUUCUGGCCGGCCGUCCCCACGGUUUCGGGACAGAUCGAGAACACGAUGUUCAUCAACAAGAUGAAGGACCAGCUGCUGCCCGAGAAGAGCUGCGGGCUGGCGCCGCCCCACUACCCGACGCUGCUGACCGUGCCCGCGGCGGUGCCCCUGCCGUCGGGCAUCAGCAUGGAGGCGGACGCCAAGCCCGACCAGCUGGCCCCGCACAGCCAGGCGUCGGUCACCCAGAACAUCACGGUGGUGCCCGUGCCCUCCACGGGGCUCAUGACGGCCGGUCCGGGGCUGGUGAUCACCUCCCCCUCCGGCUCCCUGGUGACCACGGCUUCUUCGGCCCAGACCUUCCCCAUCUCGGCCCCCAUGAUCGUCUCGGCGCUGCCCCCGGGCUCCCAGGCCCUCCAGGUGGUUCCGGACCUCUCCAAGAAGGCGGUGUCGGCCCUGGCGGAGGAGGGCGGCGGGGGCGGAGGCGGCGGCGGAGGCGGCGGCGGCGGCGGCGGCGGGGGAGUGCCACCCAAGCCCCCCCGGGGCCGGAAGAAGAAGCGACUGCCGGAGUCGGGCCUGCCGGACAUGAGCGAUCCCUACGUGCUGGCCCCGGACGACGAGGAUGACCACCAGAAGGACGGCAAGACCUACAGGUGCCGGAUGUGCUCGCUGACCUUCUACUCCAAGUCGGAGAUGCAGAUCCACUCCAAGUCGCACACGGAGACCAAGCCCCACAAGUGCCCGCACUGCUCCAAGACCUUCGCCAACAGCUCCUACCUGGCCCAGCAUCUGCGCAUCCACUCGGGGGCCAAGCCCUACACCUGUUCCUACUGCCAGAAGGCCUUCCGCCAGCUCUCCCACCUCCAGCAGCACACACGGAUCCACUCCAAGUCGCACACGGAGACCGUCAAGCCCCACAAGUGCCCGCACUGCUCCAAGACCUUCGCCAACAGCUCCUACCUGGCCCAGCACCUGCGCAUCCACUCCGGGGCCAAGCCCUACACCUGUUCCUACUGCCAGAAGGCCUUCCGCCAGCUCUCCCACCUCCAGCAGCACACACGGAUCCACACCGGAGACCGGCCCUACAAAUGUGCUCACCCGGGCUGCGACAAGGCGUUCACCCAGCUCUCCAACCUACAGUCCCACAGACGGCAGCACAACAAAGACAAACCCUUCAAGUGCCACAACUGCCACCGGGCGUACACGGACGCGGCUUCGCUGGAGGUCCACCUUUCCACGCACACGGUGAAGCACGCCAAGGUGUACACCUGUUCCAUCUGCAGCCGCGCGUACACGUCGGAGACGUACCUGAUGAAACACAUGCGCAAACACAACGCCCCCGAUCUCCAGCAGCAGCAGCAGGCAUCAGCGGCGGCGGCGGCGGCGGCGGCCCAGGCCCAGGCGUCCCAGCAACAGCAACAGCAGCACUUCCAGCCCCCCGGGGCGGCUCCUCAAGGAGCGGGAGCAGGGGACAGCAAUCCCAACCCUCCACCCCAGUGUUCCUUUGACCUGACCCCCUACAAGACGGCCGAGCACCACAAAGACAUCUGUCUGACUGUCACCACCAGCACUAUCCAGGUGGAGCACCUGGCCAGCUCCUAGAGACCCACCCGUCCCUCUCCCUCCUCCGCAGGGGAAGAGGCGUCCUCCUCGCCCCCCGGCCCCCCGUGAGGGCAGGGCUCGGAUGCCCGGGCCCACAGGCCCCGGGAGGAGCAAGGGCCGCCGCGGCCAAGGAAGGACGCCGAGCCGGGCCGGGAGCGUGCCUGCUCCGCGGCCUGCUCCGUCCCCGGCUCCAGGAGCGGGGGCUUCUCCUCAG